UAAGUUUCCUAUCAGAGAUAUGUUGAUUUUUAAUGAGAAUGAAAGCUGCUGGUGACGUAAUGGAAACAAUAGCUCUGGUGGUAUAGGAAGCCUAAUUUUAACUCCCUGAGUGUUCGCGUGCUGACCACAAAGCAGCAACGACUGAAAACUGUACUAGAGUUUCAGACAGCGCUCAUAAACAUGGAAGUGAUCUUCAAGGAGGGGAUGUUGUACCUGCAGGUAGUCAAGUUUGGAAAAAAAUCGUGGCGGAAAACAAGGACGGUGCUUUUUAAAGCCAGCUCUACAGGGGUCGGCCGGCUGGAGCUCUGCUCUGUAGCUGACAGCAGCUCUGUUGCUGACCAGAAGAAGGCUUGUCGACAGAAAACAGAGAGAAAAGUUGUGCGUCUCAGUGACUGCCUCAGUGUCACUGCUGCUCCAAAGGAGUCCUGCCCUGCUGGGUGCUCGGCCUUCUACCUAAACACCACACAGGGCACCUACACGUUAGCCUCCACAACCUGCCAGGACUGGCUGAGCGCCGUCUGUCUCCUGGCCUUCCAGAAGGAUCCUGGAGAAUCAGACAAAGGGGAUUUCAAAGGAGGAAACGGUCUGACCAUGGAGGACAAUGACCUUUACUCAUCCUGGAAAAGCGAUCUGACUCUUCCUCCAAACCAGUACAAAGUGACUGUCCAGAGCACAGAGGCGUCCAAGCGGUGCCGGUUGGCUGGAGAGUAUCUGGUGUCUCCAGACAGAGAGGCUGUGAUUCUGCUGGACGUCAGUACUGGUCGUAUCAUCUACUGCUGGCCAUACAGGCUCCUACGCAAGUUUGGACAGGUUGAGGGAGGAUUCAGCAUUGAAGCAGGUCGUCGCUGUGACUCAGGAGAAGGAGUUUUCACCUUCCUGACCCGGUACGGUCCUCAGAUCUUCCAGCUCAUAUCCCAGCAGUGUGCCGUCGAGAAGAACUCAUGGGUCCAACCUGUCAGCGUCCACAGAAGAUCAUUUUCUGACGUCUCUCCAGUUUCCCUUCCUGGUCCUGCAGAUGUUUCUGCUGACACAGAGGAUGAGUCUGACAGCACCUACUCCACUAUUAUUCACACUUCUGUGGAAGAUAUAAAACAGCUUGCCAGACCCAGCAGCAGGGAGGCCGUGGGAGAGGAGGACGAGGAGGAACGCUGUCGCUCCCUGGAUUCAUUAAACAUGGGUAACUCCAUGGAGGACAGCAUUUAUUACAACCUGAGGAGAGCCACGCCUCCUUUGAUCAGAAAAGCCGAAACAGACGAUUCAGAGUGCCUUUAUUCGGAUGUGAAAAAACCUCCCUUGAAUCUUCAGCUCCAGCCUCUUUCCUCUCCCCUAACUCCCUGCACCAUCACCAAAUCUGCUCCCUAUGCCCCACCCAAGCCCCGCAGCCAGCCUCUGCCCCCUGUCAAUAACUACAUCCAGCCGGGCUACAAUGCACAGGCGGUGGAUGACACAAAGGAGACGGAGGAGGCCAUCAGCUCCUCCGCCCGUGCUGCCCCCACAGAGGCCCCUGGCAGUUUUAAACACAGGCUGGCAGAAAUCAUUUCUAAGGACCUGGCAAAGUUCCAGCUGCCUCCUCCCCAAGGAGCAGCCAGCCCCACAUUUUCUCAGUAGGCUAUUAGUUAACAGACAGACAAGAAGAAGCAAUUUUAAUCAUGAUAAAUUGUCAUGAAGCAUAAUUAGUUCCUUUAUUUCUAUAAAACCCCUUCCACUGGGAAGACGCAGUUAGGCACUUUGGGCUGGCAGAUGUUUGUAUGCUUUUCUAGUAGCUUGUUGUAUGAAAAAUGCAUCUGGAAUGCAUUGUAAUUGCAAAAAAGAAGAUUUAUUUUGUUUUGUUUAUGUCGGAGAAGCAAUGUGCUACAAUAUCUUUUAAUGUGAUGUUAGCUGAUAAGCUGGAUGAACAUGCAAGUGGCUGUUUGUUUUUAUUAUGGAAAUGCUUUGGGGGGGGAUGAUGACUCCUUGUUACAUUCAAUGAGGCACGCAGCAUUUUUUGCAAUUAGUUUCUUCUACUUCCUAAUGAGGGCUUUGUCACAUAUAAAUCAACCGCUUUGCAGAAUCCACAUUGUUUGUUGUUAUGAGUAUAGAAAUAACUUCAAAUGCACACUCAAGUCUUAUUAUAUCUUUAUUGUAGCAAAACGUCCCUCAUAAAAUACCCCUUGGCUAUACAUAAAUAGAAAAAUACUUGUUCUCAAUUAGACAAACUGGAAAGGUCAGUGGAUCAGGAUGUGUAAAGUGCAUAAAAGGCCUGCUGGAGUCCACACACAACAUCUUAGUGGGCGUUUUUUAAAAAGUUUUUCCUGUACUUUUUCUCAUUAAGCAGUGCAACAUCUAAGCUAUAAAUAUGCAGUAGGACUGUGUCACUCAUACAAUCAUCAUGUCUACUGUUGUUUACUGCCAUGCAAAUGUCUGGAAAACAGUUAAAAGUCAGGGUUUCCCUGUUACUGUCUCCAACCCUGAUCUUCCUCGGUGGCACUGACAGUCUAAGAUUCAUCCUCACUGCUGUUGGAUGAAGUCCCUGAUUUGUUGGAUUCUAAGUCAGAUGUAGGUCCCAGUAUAAUCAGGUGGCUGAUGGAGUUGCUGGGGUCUCUCUGCUCUCCGGUCAGCGGGUUCGGGGUCUGCGCACUGGCUGUCGGCCUUAUGGAGUGAAUCAGGCUCCUCCUGGAGGUCUUGUCCGCUGCGCCCUGACGCGGACUUCUGCACUCCGGAUGAACCACUCCAGCCAGCAGCUCAGACAGCUCCGUGAUGUAGAUCUGCGCCAUUUGGAGGGUGUCAUAUUUGGAUAACUUUUUCUCAUUUUCCAGGGAGGGGAUGACGCUCCUAAGCUCGUCAAACGCUUUGUUGAGGCCGUGCAUCCUCCUCCUCUCCCUGGCAUUGGCUGCCACGCGUCUGUGUCUCUGAGGGCUGAAGAGGCUCGUCUUGCCUCCAUCUGCUGCCUUGCUGGCAUCUGAGUCUGAGAUGCCUGCAGCAGAAACGCAGUCAGGGAGUUUACUCACUGGCACAAGUUUCUCCAGCGAGAUGCCUGCAUCUGCGGCUGCGUCCCUCCUUGAGAACGCAUGGAUUGAGUUUGAAGAAAUCCACGUUUUGGAGUUGAUGUGCGCCAAAUUGUGCUGCUGCAGCAGAGAGAAAUCCUCCGGGCAUUCUGGCCAGCUUGAGAGCUCUGCUUUUGCGGCCAUCACUGUAGUGGCCUGUGGUCGUGUAGCACGGCUGGAAAAGGUCGCACAAGAAGACUUCUCCUCUCUGGAGUGGUUUGCAAUGUGCCAAGAAUUUAUACAGCCUCCCCUCAGUCACCUUGGUGUCACUCCCAGCAGCUCUGACAAGCCUGCAGCCUCAGGAGGCAGCAGCCAAUCGCAAAGUCCCCUCUGACCCUGUCAAAGAACAAUUAGACAAAGCUCCACUUUUUUUCUCCUAUUGUGUAUUGUAACUCAAUCACGACCUUGUUGUUAUCCUCACAUAGAGGGGAGACCAAAGUAUUAAUCAUUUAGGAGCGUGUAGUGUGUGAAAAGCUUUUCAGAAGAGGAGAGAAGAAGGUGUAAAGGAUCUCAUGACCUGAAGCUGUGGGCUGUAUUAUUACUUAUUGAUACAAAAUCCCAUAAAUAAAUAAAGCAGACCUUGCUUUAACAAGUGGAAACGUCAAAACAGGCGUUUUUUUGUGGCAACUCGUGGACUUUACGAGAUAUAUUUUCAUUAAAUUGACUCAUUUGCAUUGGUAAUCUGUGGUUUGCUGUGCGUAAAAGCAAACACUGAAGCCUGGAUUAACCUCAUCAUCAUCACUGCUCCAAUUCUUUAUCAGGAGCAAAGUAACUGACUUCUUGAUUUGCUCUUGAAAGCUCUGGCAACAAACAAGUUUGUUCUCAAACAAACUGUAAAAGAUGGCCAGUCUUUGCUGGAUUAUUUGCAGAGGAAUAAUAAAAUGAACAGGUGGGGGACCAGGCUGGAGACACACCUGUCUAUAACUGAUAAGUUGCCUCAGAGCGAUUUAUGAAUCAUUUGGCGAGGAUGAAAACACGCACUGUGUGUAAAACCAAGCGUUCCAUCCAUGCUUGUUAUUUAUCAUUCUUAAUGUUCCGGUUGUUUAUUUAACACGAUGGGUUUGUUCUCUAAUUAAGACCAAAUGAAUGAAGAUAAAUUCGGCUUUUCUUCUUCUUGUUGUUUUCUUGGUUCCAGUUAUGUGACUCCAGCCCUGUGCGUAUCAGCUGGUGUCCCUUGGCACCACGCUCCAGGUCCACACACCUCUGUUAUGGCCAGUGUCACCCAUCUCCCAUAUGCUGCUGGGCCCACAGCGACACGGAGCUUCCACGCUGACAC